ACUUGGAGGGAAGGGGAGUUUGAACAGGAAGGGAAGGAGGUAACUCAGACAGCCUCCAUGUCUCGUGGACCUAGGCAGAGCGCCGCGGCGCCUUUCUAGAAGGCAGAGUCCGGUGCCCUUCCCUGAACGCAGGAACCCCAGAUUCCGCCGUGGCGUACCGUGCCUUACUUUGUAGACCUGGCUUUAUGGUAAUGGAGUGUGCCACCAGAUCUGGUGUCAUUUUUGCGGAUUAGGGACCUAGCACGAGAUGUGAGGGGCAGAAGGAGGAGUGAUUCACCGAGGAGUGAAUCAGUCUGCAUCUUGGGACUGGCCGGGCAGCGGAGCUUCGGAGACCAGCUCCCCAGCGCGGUAAACAGGUGCACGUUGGCUGCACCUCCACGGGCUCGGCCCCUGGCUCCGCUCCGGUUAGUGGGAGGAUGCCGGCAGUGACUCACUUUCCUCUCCCUCUCUGGAGGCUCUCUCCGAAAAGAAGAGCCAGUGAUAGGCUACUUCCUUUACGAGAGCCGGGUCCGGUGGGGCGGGAGAACAAAAGGCCACUGCUUGCGCAGGACCCUUGCGCCCUGGUCUCCCCUCCCCCGCACCUGGCCCCAAACGUUGCGGCAAAACGCUUAUGAACUGGUCGGCUCCACGCGGGGAGGAAAACGCGCGGAGAUCUCUUGUAGCCCGUCUUCAUCUCCCCCAACCCCCGCGACAGCCCGGCUCCGGGUGCGGGGCUGCUCCGCACCCUCGCGAACGGUGCGCGGUUCCCGGUUCAUCGCCCGCCGCUGGGUUUCGGCCCAACCGUGCUCGCACUAGACUCGAGUGCAUAUGGCGGCAAAAGGAAUUUCGCGGUAAGCGCGUCACGCCGCGAACUGCCUUUCACAAGCUGCCUCGGGCCGAGGAAGGUGGCGCUUACUCCAGCCCUUUGUGUCUCGCUCUGCGGCGUGGACCCGGGCUCUCACCAGCCUGUUCCAUCGGUGGGAAACUCACUGCCUUGGGGAUCGCGUACUUGUCUCAGACGGGUAGACGUGGAAGAGAGGAAAGGACCUACUGCUAGAAAACGGGGUCUCAGGCAUCUAUAUUUGCUGCUGCCUGCUCCUAAAGAGCCUCAGAACAGAAGAAAUCUGGGUUGAUUUUUGACUGCAGACACCUGAAUAUGAUGCAUUUCAAAAGUGGCCUCGAGUUAACGGAGCUGCAGAACAUGACGGUCCCCGAAGAUGACAACGUCAGCAAUGACUCUAAUGACUUCACAGAAGUAGAAAACGGCCAGAUAAAUAGCAAGUUCAUCUCAGAUCGGGAGAGUAGGAGGAGCCUCACAAACAGCCAUCUGGAGAAAAGGAAAUGCGACGAGUAUAUUCCAGGAACAACCUCUCUGGGAAUGUCUGUCUUUAACCUGAGCAACGCCAUCAUGGGCAGUGGGAUCUUGGGCCUUGCCUUCGCCUUGGCCAACACUGGGAUCCUCCUCUUUCUGAUACUUCUGACUUCGGUGACACUGCUGUCUAUAUAUUCAAUAAACCUACUACUGAUCUGUUCCAAGGAAACCGGCUGCAUGGUUUAUGAGAAGCUGGGAGAGCAAGUCUUUGGCACAACGGGAAAGCUGGUGAUCUUCGGAGCCACCUCUCUGCAGAACACCGGGGCGAUGCUGAGCUACCUCUUCAUAGUCAAAAACGAACUCCCUUCAGCCAUAAAAUCCCUCAUGGGAGAGGAGGAUGCAUUUUCAGCCUGGUACGUAGAUGGCCGCGUGUUGGUGGUGAUGGUUACCUUUGGCAUCAUUCUUCCGCUGUGUCUCUUGAAGAACCUGGGGUAUCUUGGCUACACUAGUGGAUUUUCCCUGAGCUGCAUGGUGUUCUUCCUAAUAGUGGUCAUCUACAAGAAAUUUCAGACUCCCUGCCUGAAUGUGGAGCAAAACUCAACAGUCAGUGCUAAUGUGACCGAUGCGUGCACACCAAAGUAUGUCACCUUCAACUCAAAGACGGUGUACGCUUUACCGACCAUCGCCUUCGCUUUUGUCUGCCACCCGUCCGUCCUGCCAAUCUACAGCGAGCUCAAAGACCGAUCACAGAAAAAAAUGCAGAUGGUUUCCAACAUCUCCUUCUUUGCUAUGUUUGUCAUGUACUUCCUGACGGCCAUCUUUGGGUACUUGACGUUUUAUGAAAAGGUGCAGUCAGACCUCCUUCACAAGUACCAGAGCACAGGUGACAUUCUCAUCCUGACCGUGCGGCUGGCUGUCAUCGUGGCCGUUAUCCUCACAGUGCCUGUGCUGUUUUUCACAGUUCGAUCAUCGUUAUUUGAGCUGGCCAAGAAGACAAAGUUCCAUCUGUGCCGCCAUGUCUUGGUGACCAUCAUACUCCUGGUGAUUAUCAACUUGUUGGUGAUCUUCAUUCCCUCCAUGAAGGAUAUUUUUGGAGUCGUAGGAGUCACGUCUGCUAAUAUGCUCAUUUUCAUUCUUCCUUCGUCCCUUUAUUUGAAAAUCACAAACCAGGACGGAGAUAAAGGCACUCAGAGAAUUUGGGCGGCCCUUUUCUUGGGUCUGGGGGUGUUGUUCUCCUUGAUCAGCAUCCCUCUGGUCAUCUACGACUGGGCUUGCUCCACCGGCAACGACGAAGGUCACUGAAGCCAGCAGCCACACCCAGCAUCCACCCACACCCAUCCAGCCCCCAUCAGCAGCCCUCCGCCACUUCUUUUGCAAGUUUACAGAAACAGAAAUGCACAGGGUUCCUCUCGAGUUGCCACACAGAGACUCGCUGCUUCUAGAAGGACCCGCGUCCUCUCGGGACCUACGCUUUGGGACCGUGGAUUUCCGCUUCUCCAGAUUUCGUGCCGCCAUCUUGUCCAGCCCUUCCCACAGUUCUCCUCCCUUCUCCUCACUGUUGUGGCUUCUCUGUCUCUGUCCCUCUCCCUCUCCCUCUCCCUCUCCCUCUCCCUCUCCCCUUCUCUCCCUCUUUCUCUCAGAACUUUGGAAACACAAUCAGCAGUUGUCUUCACUUGUUAGAUAUCCAGCUCCUGAAAUCGUUUUCCUAACCUGACGCUCCGCUCACGCUGUCUGUAUCUUUUUAGAAGAAGAGAAAUUAAUCUUGAAUUGUAUAUAUUUAUUUUGCUUUACAGAAAAAAAAAUAAGGUUUCAGGAAAAAAAAAAGGUUUCAUAAAUAAUUUGCCUAUUUUGGUUAACAUAGCACACAGGGAUAAUCCUUUUGAAAGACAGGUUGCGUGCCAUGGCUGCAUCUGAGCAUGCCCAAUAUUUGAGGCAGCUCUGAUCACCCGACGUGGACUGUCCGAGGGCUGCUGGUACUCCAUCCUGCUCCCACAUGGAGCGAUUCCCUGGGAGGCUUGGGCACGGCGCCUCUGUAUAUAUAUUAAUUAUAUAUUAAAACACUCCGAAGAUCUCAGGAACGAAGCUUUGUUUUCCCCUUGGCAUCUGGCAUCACAGUUACUCUAGGCUGAGUCACCUGCCUGGGGUCCCUUGGUUCCCAUGAUGACAAAUGAGACUGCCCAAAUGCCUAAGGAUGUACUCCUUAGCCGGACCACCUUCAGCCCACACCCCUAUUGUUGAAGGGGGAAAUGAUUUGCUAGUUUAUAAGCCCGGCAGCAUCGAGUCAUGUCCACCAGCUUUCUGUAACAGAGAUGAACAUGGACCUAAGUAUGGUCUGGGAUAGGUCAGCCUGUUUUAUACUGGGUACUUUACUUUAAUGGAGUCUUUGAAAGACUUGUUUUAUAUCUAUAAAUCUAGGUUACUACAAAUAGGAGAUUUUUGUACCUUAAAUAAGCCUCAUUUCUAGUCUCCAUUAACUCUCCAUCCAGUCCUGAAAGUAAGUCUCUCCUGGGAGAGGCUUAGUGGAGGACGAUUGAAGUCGCUGUGUGUUCCCUUUUGUCCCAUUAUGCCUGUCCCAUGUGCCCCAGGCAAGAGGGCGAAGUUGCCCGACCUCUCCCCAGCCCCUCCUAAGGGGAGCAGAGGGGAAACUUCAAGGAGACUGAAAACUGUUUCAGAGAUGGCAGCUCAUCACGCCCUACUGAUGGGGAUACCUGUGGCUGCCCAUAGCUAAGCUACAGUCGGUGAGGCGCACACACACACGGUGGCCACUCUCUGCAAAUGGCCCGAAUUGCAGCCAGUUAUAUCCUGGUUGAAAGCCUCAGAUCCAAAUAUGUACUGAGCACAGAUUUCUCAUCUGGGGGUGAGUAGAAGCUGACAGAGGAGGCCCAAACAUUUAGCUAUAGACGCUAUUCCUCCUGUCUUGACAUCCCCAGAGGUUUUCAGGAAUCUCACAAGAGUCACGCAGAGAUGUCCCUUGCCACACUGAAGUCCCGCGGACAGGGUAGGCAUCAGAGCGCCUGCCACCAUGAUCCUGGGGAAGAAGGAAAAUCCAUUUCCUGCAUUGCUUCAUUUGUUCUCAUACUGCUCCAGAAUUCUGUCCUCCUCAUUCAGGCAGCUGACCACGAGUCCUAGACAGGAAAAGGUAAAACCCACAACUGCCUCUACCCUUUGCCCGAACGCCUUCCAUGUCACGGGAAAUGACAGACGAUUCGGCCAACCUUUGUAGCUCUGUUUGCACUGUUUAAAAAAAGAAAUACAUCAGUUCAGUUUGCAAGCUGCACCCCCCCCCACCCGCUGGUUUCCCCCUUAAUCUGUAACAGUUCAGUUUUACAUUUGCAAAGUGAAUCCAAAAACGCACUAACUCUGGGAUGUGUUGUGAUUUUUUUGUUUGUUUGUUUUUUUGGACCUCUGGAUUUUGUGUUGGUAAAACUAAUGUAUCAUUUACAGUAUAUUUAUUUGCAGGAAGCACAUUGUUGUUGAUCUCUGUGAUAUGUGGGUUGUUUGUUUUUUUUUUUAAACCUCUUGUAUGUGUACCUGAGUUUGUUUGAAUAUAAGGGAUCUUACUGUCAUUUGUUAGGUGCCACCGAGUAAUUCCAUAGUUUCUGUGGUAUUCACUGUAGAGUGGACUGUUCUUGCUCUCAUUCAGAAUAAUGAACUGGCAGCCAAAACAUUACCUGUAUCACAGAUGUUAAGUAGCAUUCAACCGCACAGUCAAAUGUAACAGAUCCUUUUCUGCUAAAUUAGUAGACUCAAGCAUAGUAGGCCUUCGCCAAGGGAAACCGAGUUUUCCUUCAGCACACGGGCUCUCCGCACUGUUGACCCAGGGCCAGUUUCAUACUUUGGGUUUAGAACUGUUCUCUGGUUCUUGUAACACAGAAUACUGUAGAUUCCUAGAUUAGUGUUGUUUGUUUAGAAGUAGAGUUUUCAGAGCGUGUGCGGGUAGGAAAGCCUACUCUUUUAGGCCUGGUCACAGGGAGAACAUAUUCCAAAGCUCUAACCUGGAAUGGAUUUUUCUUCAUUGGAUUAGAUGUGGCAGUUAGGCCCCCAGGCAGCUGGAAAAGAAUGUGGAGCUGUAAUGGAGUGACAGGACUUCGGAAGAGCCAAGUUCCCAGAUAGACUGGAGGUGGGGUGUGUUGGAAUCACUAGGCCCCCACUGCUUGUUGUGGAAUCUGGACUGUUCCUCUCUGCCACAGAUCACCUGCUGGACAGUGGGGUCAGGGCUCCACCACAAUGGCCUGUAGCAAGUCACCCCCCCCCAAGAUUAGAGGGGCUAAGUUCAAAACCGUGAGUGUAGGAUGGUGAUCAAAGAAGAGGGGUUCUUAGGGUUCCCCUCCUUGCCUGCAGUUUUAACUUCAUAGCUCUCCCAGGUACCAGCUUUGGGGCCAGCACACGGCACUCUCAUUGUCUCAAACUGCACCCUCAAGAUAGCAGCAUGAACCUCAUCUGCAGACUCACCAGCAAAUUGUCAGCCCCCCUGACUCAGUGGAUAAAGCGAGCUGUCCUCUGUAAGUCUCAGGUCUAGCCUCCAGGUGAGACGGUGAUAUCAAGCUUGGAGACCACUCUAAGCUCUCUCCACCAGCAAAAGGUGAUCGGUUCCCGGGGUGAGGAAUGAGAGCCAGGUAGGGUAGAAAAGGACCCCAGCCAGUGUCUGCAGGUUCAGGAAAGGGGGGGCACCGUGUGCAGCCCCUGCUAUCUGUGUUCUUUCCUGCUGCAAAUGCAGUGCAGGGGUAUGAGUGGAUCUUGGGGUGCUCGCACUUUAGGGAACCCAGCUUGAGGCACUAGUCUAUUUUCUUACAGCUGUGAAGAUUCCAAUUGAGGCUUUCAGAAAAUGUAGGUAAUUUUUUUAAAAAAUGCCUUUUGUAAAUGCAGCUCUAAGGGCACUGAAGAGUUUUCAGGGGACCGUGUCCAAGGUGGGCUAGAGUUCAGUCCCAGCGCUGCAAAAUGGAAAAUAUUGAUAUUCGGAGUGUUCUAGUCCCGGGUCUGCACUGCUGAGGGAGCUGCAAGGGGAACAGAGCCUGGACUGUCUCGGAGCAGGUUAGUUGGCCUAGGGCAGAGGGGGAGGUGUGGUCAUCUGUGUGGUUUAUACUUGAGAGCAGAGCCUCCGUUAGUCGGAUUAGAAUGGGCGAGGCUUUGAGAAUGGUACUGCCUGUUCAAGGGAGCAUCCAGGCACUCUUACUUUGCAAUGUUACAAUGUUUCUCUCUCAAGACUGCAGGUCUGAGACUCCUGAAACAGAAGUCCGCUAAAACGCAGUGAAUUGCUGGUUUAAAAGACGUAGGGCUUCAAGUGAGGAUGUGGUUAAUGACUGAAAGCAAUGCUAAGUCUGAAGGGGUGGGUCCCUGGGGAACAAUGCUGAUUUCCAUUGGAUGCAGGUGCCUUUGGGCUUUCCCGAGGAAGAAGCGCAAAGCACUGGGCCUACCUGUACACAGGCGUGAAGAAUCUAUGCAGCUGAGACUCACUUUAGGAAUCCUUCCUUUGUAUGUAAAUAUGUUGUAAAUACAUAGGAGGCUGUAUAUUUUUGCAGGUGUUGAUCCACACAGAAAUAGAGGUCACUAGUAUUCUGCAUAUAAGAAAUACAUGUUCUCAGAUAUGUUAGUGGUUUGUUUGGGAGGUAGAAUUUUACCUUCUUUCCCAUAGUUCUGUCAGUGUAAAUCUGGAGCCAAAAACCUUAAUUGUUUGGGGGGAAAAAAGAGAAAUGUCUGGGGAAAAUACUCUUGAUUUCUCGAUUUCUUAUGCUGGUAUUACUAUCUGUUGUCUAGAUGCUAAAGAUAAAGAUGAUUUAGGAGAAAAAAAUCAUUGUCAUAUAGAAACAGACAUGCCCAAAAUGAGAAUUUUUUCUCUGCAUUAUGUUUUUUCACAGUUGAUGCUAUUGCAUAGAAUUUGUGAAAACAGAAGUUAGGGAGGGGUUGGUUUCGGUUUUUUUUUUUCCAAAGUGGAAUUGCUGUUUCCCAAACUUUGGGAUCCUUGAGGGGAGAACUGAACAUUAAUAUGAGCACGGAUUUGAAGGAGAACGUCUGUUAUUUUUAAGCUUUUGAAGGUCUUGCAUGUCUGCCUUUUAGUGUUGAUGCCAACCUAGACUGUUUCGUCUGUUUCCCCCCUCCCCCACACACUUGAAUUGUACUCGUCGGUACGCAGUGCAGUCUCUAGAGACCAGUGUGUCUUAGAUCCCCAUCUGACUCAGUACAUGUAGCACACCACUAUUUUACUAAUGUAAAAACCUUGUAAGUGAUUUCGGGUGGGCAUCCAAAGUGAACCACAGGUAACAAAACCUGCCCGUUCACUGUCUGUCACAUAAAGUUGGGUAUUUUUUUUCCUUCGGGUGUGGUAUAAAUAAAAAAAAAAAAUGUAAGAAGUUAUGUUCUAUAAAUGCAGUGUUAACAUAGUUUUCAAACAUUAAAAUGUGAAUUAAAGUA